AUGAACAUUACCGGCGAGGAGACGACGAGAUACACGGAGGAAACCCCGGCACCUCUACGCACUCUUAGUCAGUCAGAGACCCAGCAGACAGAGCAGAUCACCGAACGAACACACGAAUCUGGUGCAACCUUCCUCCUUGAUGUUUGUAUGUUCGUUUGUAUAUGUGUAUGCAGAAAAGCAGAGGAAAGGUUGGCCCGAAUACCGUGAGACGGAAGCGUGGAGCCUUGGCAAGAGCGAAGGGGUGCGAUGAGAGCCGACACAGAGCGCUGAGUCCCCUUUGCUGUGUUGUGUCGUGUCUGUAUGUGUGCAGGACAUCGACAAGGCACUGGCGGAGUCGCCAACGGGCGAGCUCAGGGGCAAGAAGCGCUCCAGAGACGACGAUUCAACUGCUUUGGCGCCGCACAAGAAGAGAAAACUCCAGGGGGGACAGUCAGGCGUGUUUUGA